GUAAUUCGUUACAUUUUCAAUUAUAAUAAUUUUUUAUACGAGCUUAGUACGAAAGUGGGGAAAAUUGCGAAAGUUGUGAUGUAAAUAAAGCUUGGAUCAUAUCUGUCAAAUAAUUGACAUCAACUAUAGUUAACUUUGUUCAUAUAGUACAUGAUUUCAAGCUUGUGACCAGUUGUGACUCAUCGACUUGUCAGUUCCCGAGUAAUCAGAUUGAAUCAGACUGUACUCAAUAUCAAAAUUCUAACCUAACAAAAGUCAAAUUUCGAAGGAAGAUAACGUCUCGAUAAGUCAGUAAUAGCAGUAAGUAGACACUUUCACUCGCAAUCAUGGAGUGGUUAUUUGGAAAGCGGGUUACUCCUGAGGAAAUGCUCAGGAAGAAUCAGAGAGCUUUAAACAAGGCAAUGAGAGAUCUUGAUAGAGAGAAAAUGAGAAUGGAACAGCAGGAAAAGAAGAUUAUCAUGGAUAUUAAGAAACUUGCCAAGGAUGGGCAAAUGGAUGCUGUGAAAAUCAUGGCUAAAGAUCUUGUGAGGACUAGACGUUACGUAAAGAAAUUCAUGCUAAUGAAAGCAAAUAUCCAAGCAGUCUCUUUAAAGAUUCAAACAUUACGUUCACAAAAUACGAUGGCUCAAGCAAUGAAAGGAGUCACAAGAGCAAUGCAGAAUAUGAAUAAACAAUUGAAUCUUCCCCAAAUACAAAAAAUAUUGCAAGAUUUUGAGAAACAAUCAGAAAUAAUGGAUAUGAAAGAAGAAAUUAUGAAUGAUGCGAUAGAUGAUGCAAUGGAAGACGAGGCUGACGAAGAAGAGAGCGACGCCAUUGUAUCGCAAGUUCUGGAUGAACUAGGUUUACAAUUGACGGAUCAGCUGUCUGGUCUACCACAGGCAUCCGGCUCGUUAACUGUAUCGGGUACGAAACAGCCAGUUGCAGCUGCUGCAGGAACCGAUGACGGUGGUAACCUCGCGGAUGCAGAUGCAGAUUUACAAGCUAGACUCGAAAAUUUACGACGCGAAUAAAAAUGCGUAAUUUUGAAAGAUGUAUAAAGUAUGUAAAAAAAAAGCAUUGACUUUGUAAGCAUAUAUGAUUUUAUACGCUCUGCAGCUUUAGUUAGAGGUAUGGAUACUUUAGUGUAGCAUUUGCACUUGAAUUCAUUCAUUUAGAUGUACAAUCUGUAAUAUAUAAAAGUGUUAGUUAAAACAAUUCUUCGAGAAGAAAGGCAUCUAUGUUGCCCGAAUUAUUUAUUAAGUAUUAUUUUUACAUUACCGUAUGUUACUUUUUUUAUAACAAUGGAGCAACAUUUUUUCACGUAAAAAAAUUAGUAAAGAACACGCCGAAUUA